AUGGACGGAGAACAAAGUGAUAACGAGCCACAAGAUGAAACAGAUGAUGAGGAUCUCGAUGAAGAUGACGAAGAAGAAAAUUUACAAAACAAUGAUUUAAAUGAUCGUUUGAAAUUCAAAACACCACUUGGAGAUAUUCUACCGAGUACUUAUGAAGGAAGGACGGUGGAAGAGCUUUUUCCAGCAUUUAAGCACAAUUCUGUACUUAAAUUCAGUAAGAUAUUUGGCCUUGGAAAACCAUAUCAUCUGCCGAAACUAUGGAAAAAUGUUCAAAAAAAACGCAGAGUGAAACACACAUUGUCCUUAACAAACGAAAACAGUGAUCCUAGUGAACAACGCGAUGAAGAUAACAAAAUAAAAAUUCGAGAUCCAACUGUUGAAGAAUGUGGUGAAUCCAAUGAGACUCAGUUUCUUGGCCGACUUCCUAUUGUGGAUGAGUCACCUUACGAACAGUCGGCAAAAGAAGAUGCCAAGAGUCUUUCACCACAAACUACCACAACAAAACAGUCCAUACCCAAUUGGCGUUUAGGUCCAGCGCGUUACUGGUAUGAUAGUAUUGGACUUGAUCUGGACAUACCAAAGUUUGAUUAUGGUUUCAAAGCAAAAACGCAUGAUGAAGAACACUCACAAAAUGAUAAUGAUAACGAAAAUUUAAACGUAUCAGUUGAAAAUUUUUUACCUGUUAAUCUUGUUCGAUGGGAAGAUGACGUUAUACUAGAUAGUUCAUCAUUACGUGAGAAAAUAGAUUUGAAUUCACAAAAAAUACGCUAUUGUGCAUGGAUACCAACAUCUACUUAUCGAUCAUUAGCAAGUUUCCAGAAAAGUGUAUUUGGCAAGAAUGUUGACUAUUUAGAAUCAAAAACUGAUGAAACAAAAUACAAAAAUUGGUAUUCUAUAUUUCCGAUUGAUAAUUAUGAUUUAAUGUAUGGUGAUUGGGAAAAAGAUAUUAUUAUUGAUCCAGAGGAAAUGGAACGUGUUCAUGAUCCACCAGAAUUGAUACUAGACGAAAAUGAUGAACAUUUAAUACUGGAAGUACCAACAGAUCCUAAUGAUCAUACAAAGCAUUCAAACCGUGAUCUGGAUAAAAGCGAUAGUCCAAUGAAAAUGAAUAAUAAAAUGCAUCCAAAAGAACAUCGAGUACGUGUAACUCGAACAGUUUUACAUCGUACUGGUCUAUUAAAAGCGAGCAAUGAAACGGGUGAUGAAGAUGAAGAAAGAAGAAACGAUAAUCAAACUGGUCAAAAUAAUAAUCGUGUAACACCAAAAAAUGAUUUCUGGAAUUUGUCAAACGAUGAAUAUUAUAAUCCAAAAUUGGCGGAUGCAGUUGUUAAAAAUAUUGGAACAUUGAAUUUACAGCAUGCUACUCCAGCCGUUGAAUUACAUCCUCAAUUAUUUCCAACAUAUUUAAAUGCUGCCAAAUUGAGACAGUUUCAUCGUCCACUACUGAAAAAAUCUUUACAAUUGAAAGAUGGUGAAUAUCAUCCAAUUGAAUCUUUACAAAAAAUGAUUGAUAUUAAAUCAUUGGAAAGAGAAAAAGAGCGUCAAACGUAUGGUGGUGGAGAAAUGUUUUAUAUGCGUCGUUUACAAGAUUUAAGCAGCAUGGAUAGUGAAUUACUAUUAGCUGAAUAUUCUGAACAAUAUCCACCAUUAAUUAAUCAAAUUGGAAUGGCUACAAGAUUAAAAAAUUAUUAUAAAAAAAAACCCGGAAAACAAGACAAUCCUCCAAAAUUAGAAUUUGGUGAAUUAGCUUAUGCGCAUACAUCUCCAUUUCUUGCUGACAUGGCACCAGGAGAAGUGUUGCAGGCAUUUGAAAAUCAUAUGUAUCGUGCACCCAUUUAUCUACAUGAAAAUCCUACUACGGAUUUUUUAGUUCUCCGAACAAAACAUCAUUACUAUAUAAGACAUAUUCAAAAUAUAUUUGUUGUUGGUCAAGAAUGUCCAUUAAUUGAAGUACCAGGACCAAACUCAAAACGAGCAAAUAAUUUUACAAGAGAUUUUCUUCAGGCCUAUAUUUAUCGACUAUUCUGGAAAAGUAAAGAUAAUCCUACUCGUUUAAAAAUGGAAGUGGUACGAAAAGCAUUUCCACAAAAUGCUGAGAGUAGCAUUCGAAAACGAUUGAAAUUAUGUGCUGAUUUUAAACGAACAGGUGUUCACUGUAAUUGGUGGGUAUUGAGAAGUGACUUUCGUAUACCAACAGAAGAAGAAAUUCGGCAAUUAGUAUCACCUGAACAUUGUUGUGCUUUCUACAGUAUGCAAGCAGCAGAACAACGUUUGAAAGAUGCUGGCUAUGGUGAAAAAUGUCUGUUUGCUCCCGCAGAUGAAGAAGCAGAUGAUAAUGAAACUGGCAAGAUUGAAGAUGAAGUCAAAUGUGCUCCAUGGCAUACAACUAAAGCUUAUCUUGACUCGUUAAAAGGAAAAUGUUGGUUACAGUUAAGUGGAAUUGCUGAUCCAACUGGCACUGGUGAAGCAUUUUCCUAUGUUCGAGUAUCAGCCAAACCAAAUGCAAAGGAAGAAGCCGAAAUAGCUCAAGCGAAAAAGACUGUAACAGGAACGGAUGCUGAUUUGAGACGCUUACAUUUAAAAGAUGCCAAAAAAAUUUUAAAUAAAUUUGGAGUACCUGAUCAUGUUAUUCGAAAUUUAUCACGAUGGCAAAUAAUUGAUGUUGUUCGAACAAUGUCAACAGCAAAAUUAAAAGACGGAACUGAUGGAGCGGCUAUGGCAAAAUUUGCACGUGGAAAUCGUUAUAGUCAAGUUGAAUAUCAAGAGAAAUAUAAAGACGAAUGUCGACGAAUAUUUGAAUUACAAAAUCGAUGUUUAUCGGCAAAUCAUUUAACGUCAACAGAUAGUGAGAGUAGUGGAGAUGAAGAUUCGGAAGUGGAUGAAAUGCGUAAAAAUCUUGAAUCAAUGUUACAGCCAAAAAAUGCUUCUACGAGCAAUUCUUCAACAACAGCAGCAACAGAUGUUUUUAGUACAGCAUUACAUAAUUUAAAUGUAGAUAUGACAAAUAUGACUGACGAUGAUCGAACGAAACAACGACGAGAUAAAGAUGAUGGAACAAACAGAAAAUCUAAUUCUCGAGUAUUAAAAAUAAUUCGAACAUUUCGUGAUGAACAUAAUCGUGAAUAUCAGUCUGUUGAAUUAGUUAAAAAGCCAAUGGUGAUUGAAGCAUAUACAAGAAUUCGGCAAACAAAAGAUGAUGCAUUCAUUCGACAAUUUUUUGCACUCGAUGAAGUACAACGUGAACAGUUACGCCGUGAACGACGACGUAUACAAGAACAAUUACGUCGUGUAAAACGACAAGAAAAAUUGCAACAAAGUCAACAAGAAAAACAACCAAGUAUGAAAUCACCAGACGAUAAUGAAGAUGAUGAUGAAGAUGAAAUGUUUGAAGAAAGAAAUGAUCAUGAUGAGAAUUCACAAUCCGAUUUUUUCUUUGAUAAUAACUCAAAUCAUGCAGCAAUAUCGACUGGUCUUGUGACAACGUUAGCAAAUGGUACAAUAUUACCAUCAACUUCUACGACAUCGAAUAUACACAAUAAUGAUUCAUUAGAUAACUACUUAUCAAAUACUUCUUUAACAACAACAACAACAACAGCAACAAAUGGCGGUAAUGAUACACAAACAAUUGAUUUAGCACCAAGAAAAAAACGUCGAAAAGCGGAAAAAGAUUUAAAAAUGAAAUGUGGUGCAUGUGGUGCCGUUGGUCAUAUGCGUACAAAUCGAGAAUGUCCUUUGUACGGUAAAUCAUCUGGAAGCACAUCAACAAAUCCGUCGACAUUAAAUAGUAUGACGAACAACAAUGAUGAAACACAACAAAGUAAUCAUAGUUUUGAUAGUGAAUUCAGUAAACAAUUUAAUGAAGAAGCUGUUAAAAUUGUCGAUGGGACAAAAUUAAUAUUAUCAAAGAAUAUGAUUGAAAAAGCGGAACAAGCGACUAAAACAAAACAUUCUGGCAAAGAUUCAUCUUCUACGAGAAAAAGUAAAAAACAAAAAAUAUCAAAAGCAGCAAUUAGUUCUAAUGAUGAUAGCGACACAAAUGAUAUAGAUGCCCUCAAAGAAGCAUCGCCACCACCACCAAUCGUUCAUAUUUCAACAAUUCCGUUUUUUCCAAAUAUUUCGUCAACUACCACACCCACCGAACCGUCUACUCUAAAUUAUAAUCCUCUUGCAUCCCCAUCAUCAGAUGUAUUUUUUUCAAAUAAAAAUAGCCGAGGAAAAAGUUCAAACAGUAUGUACAACACUUUGGCUUCAACACCCACUAUUUCAUCGCCAUCGUUACAUCAACCGGUAACUCCUCUCUCGUCGUCAAACGUAUUAGGAACAUUGUUUUCAUUUUCAUCAGUCAAAAAUGAAACAGUUGAACGUACACAAAGCACUAGUUCCGUUGAUUAUUAUUCUGAUCGACCAGUUAAAAAAGCUCAAAGACGGCGUAUAGAUCCUGUUGUUAGUUUUGCAUCGUUAUUAGAAUCAAUCUUAAAUGAAUUGAGAGAAUUACCAGAGGCUGGUAUGUUUUUAACACCAGUUAAUGCUCGUCGUUUUCCUGAAUAUUAUCAACAAAUUAAAGAUCCAAUGGAUUUUCAAACAAUUCGACAAAAAAUUCAUUCACAUAUGUACGAAACACGUGAAAGUUUCUUGGCUGAUAUGAAACAAAUUGUUGAUAAUAGUAGACAAUUUAAUGGACCCGAUGAUGCAAUAACACGUGAUGCUCAGUUCGUAAUGGAAACCUGUUUUCAAAAAUUUGCUGCUAAAGAAGAUAAAUUGAUGAAAUUAGAAAAGUCAAUAAAUCCUUUGUUAGACGAUGAUGAUUUGGUAGCAAUAUCCUAUUUAUUUGAACGUAUUGUAACUGAUCAUUUGAUGAAUGUCGAAAACUCAUGGCCAUUUCUUCGUCCUGUUAGUAAAGUGAAAAUUAAAGAUUAUUACGAUAUUGUGAAGACACCAAUGGAUUUAGAAACGAUUAAAACGAAUAUACUCAAACAUUCUUAUCGUAAUCGAUCAUCAUUUUUACAUGAUGUUGAAUUAAUAUAUAAAAAUAGUGAACAAUACAAUGGACCAGUAAACUGCUAUACGGAUACGGCAUUAAAAAUUGUUGAAACAUGUCGUCAACAAUUAAAAAAUUAUGAUGAACAAUUUUUAGUGUUGGAAAAGAAUUUAGAAUUACAAGAAAAACAUAUGAAUUCAACAAAUAACACGUCAAUGUUAUUAUUUGAUGAUGAUGAUUACGAUGAUAUUAAACCACAUCAAAGUCAGUUAAGUACAAUAAUAUCAAACAAUGAACAACCACAACAACAACAUGAUACUUCGAUGGAAACAAAUAGUACAACUAUGCUGUAUGAAAAUAGUGAUGAAAGUUUUAAUCCGGAAGGAUUUAAAUCAGUUGCAAGUCCACCACAAAUAGACCAAACAGGAAUGUCAUUGGCAACAUUUAUUAGUCGAGAUUUCUCGUGUAUUAAUGAGAAUGAAAGUAUGAUCGUUAAUGAUGAUAAUCCAAUCAUUAAUUUUAAUUCAUCAGCAUCUGUAAUCGAUGAUAACAAGCAACCUAGUGAGAAAAAAGAAAAUAAAUCAAAUCGACGUGGCGAUACAAUUGAAGAUGUUUUAGGUGAUAUAAGUGAAUCGGAUCAAUCAUCGGAUGAUGAUACUGAAAAAACAACAUCUAAAAAGACACUUGAUUCUUCGUCAUUAACAACAGUUUUAUCCGCAGAUAUUUUUUCAUCUAAUGAAAUAUCUUCGGCAAAAGA